AUGCCUUCAGAGAUACCCGUAUAUGAUAUUGUAAUCAUAGGCGCUGGUCCAGUGGGUUUAUUGCUUUCAGUAUCACUAUCACGAUGGGGUUACAAGGUCAGACACAUCGACAACCGACCUGUUCCAACAGCGACCGGACGAGCGGACGGCAUCCAGCCACGGUCUCUUGAGAUCCUCCAGAACAUGGGACUGAAACGAAAUAUCAUGGCCCAUGACCCCGCUCGAGUUUUUGAAGUCGCAUUCUGGGAUCCGGCACCCGGUGGGAAGAUCGUGAGGACAGGGACCUGGGCCAGCUGUCCGGAGUUCCUGGACGCCAGAUAUCCCUUCACGGCUCUCCUUCAUCAAGGAUUAAUCGAGCGAGUUCUCAUCGAAGACCUGGAGAAGAAUGGCACCAAGAUUCAGAGGCCCUGGACCAUCACUCGGUUCGAAACGAAUCACAAAAACCCGGAAUAUCCUGUCGAGGUCGACCUAAAGAAUCUUGACAGCAACGUCACCGACACCGUUCGAGCGAAAUACCUCUACAGCGGGGAAGGCGCCAAGAGUUUCAUUCGUGAACAGCUUGGAGUUCAAAUCCGACACAAAGACCCAAUCUCCCAUGUUUGGGGGGUCAUGGAUGGUGUAGUUCGCACCAACUUCCCAGACAUCAAGAUGAAAUGCACCAUCCACUCAGACCAUGGUAGUAUCAUGGUCAUUCCCCGCGAAAACAACAUGGUCAGACUAUACAUCCAAAUUGCCAGCUCUACAGACCCCGAUUUCUCACCUCGGAAGACCGCUACCGUGGAACAAGUGCAGGCUGCUGCGAAACGCAUCUUCCACCCUUACUACUGCAACUGGGAGCGCGUCGAGUGGUACUCCGUCUACCCGAUCGGUCAAGGCAUCGCCGACAAAUACACACUGGACCACCGAGUCUUCAUGGGGGGCGACGUGUGCCACACGCACUCCCCCAAAGCAGGGCAGGGCAUGAACACUGCCUUCCACGACGCCGUCAACUUUGCGUGGAAAAUGCAUCUCGUCGAAUCCGGCUUCGCUUCACGAGACAUCCUAUCCACAUAUGAAGUUGAGCGGCGAUUCAUUGCCGAAACCCUCCUCAACUUUGACAACAAAUACGCCGCACUCUUCUCAACGCGCCAGCCAACCGCUUCAGAAGUCGACGAUGCACACAAACAAGACGGAAGCGAACACAAGAACGAAUUUGUGGAGACGUUCAAAGCCAACUGUGAAUUCACCUCCGGAUUCGGCGUUGCCUACAACCCAAAUAUCUUCAACCACUCGGGCGAGCACCCCUUCCAGCAUCCCCUCAUCAUUACCGACAGCCAGAAGCUGCGUCCGGGCCGGAUAAUGCCGCCCUCGAACGUCACUCGCGUCGUCGACGCCAACGUCGUACAUCUCGAGAACGAAAUCCCAUUCAACGGGUCUUUUCGCCUGUUCAUCUACGCCGGACUAUCACAGUCCCCCAAGAAGGGUGCGCACAAGGCUUUGGCGGACUUUGCUGAGAAUCUCACUGCAAAGGACUCAUUCUAUACGAGAUUUGGAUGCGCCGACCGCCAGAGAGAUAACCACCACGACAUGGACAACCCGCAUUCACGGUUCUUCUCGCUCGCGCUGGUCAUCGCCGCCAAGAGGCCAGAGAUCGAGAUCUCCGACCUACCCGCCGUGUUCAGAGACUACUCUGGACGUGUCUAUGCGGAUGACCGCAGGGAUAUGAAGGUGUUGGAUGCAAAGGUUGCGGCCCAUGCGAAGGUCGGAUUGAAUGGCGACGAAGGCGCCGUCGUGGUAGUGAGGCCCGAUGGACACGUCGGCAUUGCUGUGCGCUUGGUAGAGGGUAAAGGAACGAUGGAGGCCUUGGAGGGAUACUUUAAAGGUUUCACCGUCAGGACCGGCCUGGGCGGUGGAGCUGAGAGAAUGAGAUCACAGCUGUGA